UAUUCGCUCGCGAUUCUGAGGAUAGACAAAAGUUUAAAAAUAAACUCUGGGCAUGAAUUACAAAAAGGGUCAAGAAAAAUUGCUCAUUAUAGAACCGUUUUAUGGAGGAUCUCACAAGAAGCUGAUUGAUAUUAUAUGUGCAAAUCUCCCAAAAUAUUCAUACACCCUUAUUACCAUGACAGCCAAAAAAUGGCACUGGCGUGCAAGAACAUCUGCAUUGUACAUAUCGGUAAAAGUUCCCGAAGAGCAUAAUUAUAAAGCUUUAUUUUGUACAUCUGUACUACCACUCGCAGAACUGCUUGGGUUGAGACCAGAUCUAAUGAAACUGCAGAAAAUUGUAUAUUUCCAUGAAAACCAGUUGAAUUUUCCAGUUCAAGUCAUUAAAGAAAGAGAUUUCCAAUAUGGAUUCAAUGAAAUUUUAACUUGUCUUUCAGCCGAUACUAUCCUAUUUAAUUCAUUAUACAAUCAAGAAUCAUUCCUCUCAAAGAUAAAUAGUCACUUAAAAAUGCAACCCGACUACAAAAUGAAAAAUAUGCACUCUAUAAUACAACCAAAAUGUAGAGUAAUUUAUUACCCCCUUAAUACAAAUGCAAUAGACAUUCAUCUAUCGACAGUAACCAAAGAAGAAUAUGGCGACCUUUACAUUGUCUGGCCUCAUCGAUGGGAAUUUGAUAAGAAUCCUGAUACAUUUUUUAGGACAUUAUGUAAACUACAGGAUGCUGGGUAUGAAUUUAAGAUUAGUAUCUUAGGAGAAUCAUUCAGUGAUCAACCAGAGGUGUUCAAACAAAUAUCACGCAGGCUCAAAUCAGAACUUGUUCAUUGUGGAUUUGUUGAGAAUGUGGCUGAUUAUUAUAGAAUAUUGCAAAAUGCAGAUGUGGUUGUUUCUACUGCAAUACACGAGUUCUUUGGAGUCGCUGUACUAGAAGCUGUAUACUGCGGCUGUAUACCUGUUGUUCCAAAUCGGCUGUCGUACAUAGAAAUGUAUGGGAACGAAGUUGAAGAAAUGUAUGAUAAUGAAGAGCAGCUUUUUCAGAUUCUAUCGAAUCUCUGCACGCGAAAAAGAAAUGGUAAUCUUUUUAGACAUUAUAAACAUUUAGCUUUACCGUACGACUCAAAUAAAUGGUUUGAAGAAAUUUACAAUAUUAUUGAACACUAGAAAGACAAUGACAUCUAUCUCGA